AGGAUGAACGAGAAACUUUGGAAACAGCAAUGGAUAAUUACGAUGACUGCACCACAUAACUUGAUGGUUGUCGGACGCAAUCCCACACAAGAGGUUGACAGCUCCUAAAUCGUUGGUAUUCGUUUUCGGUUCAACUCAGAGUGGAAAGUGAUUGAUUUCUUCCUCAAUCCGAGAUGGGUAGGUUCAUGGAGGUUGUUGGAUAAUCGCUUCGACUUUCGAGCUUCCCGAAUCGAAUCGUCACCCCCGACAUUGCCCAUUUCAAUGCUUCUUUCUCCAACCCUCUAGAGAGAGAGAGAGAGAGAGAGAGAGAGAGGGAGAUUCCAAUGGCGAGGACGGCGAUGGGUGCGAAGAGCAGGGCCGGGGAGUUCUUCCUGGCGACGCUGGUGCUUUGGCUCGUCUCCGUCGUGUUCGAGAUCGUCUUCAACCGGCGAACUGAGCUUCUCUUCGUCAUCUGCGGCGUUUUCUUCUUUCAAUCGGCGAAUUGGGUGGUUCGUUCUUGUCUCUCUCGCGACCCUCUCUUCGUCAACACCUCUGUCUCGCUCUUCCACUCCAUCAUCGUCUCCGCCUCAGUGGUUUUCAUUCUGGCCAAUCAGUGGUUAACCAAAGGUCCAGGCGUGAUGUUUGAGCACUCUCAGUUGGUUGAUGGUACUUGGCAAUGGGCAUACCAAGCUUUGUGUUUCUCAUGUGGUUACUUUGCAUAUGACCAGUGGGAUAUGCUUCAGUAUCGUUUAUAUAGCGGUUUUGUACCUUCCAUUCUGGUUCAUCACCUUGUCCUCCUUGUCUGCUUUACAUUGGCCCUAUACCGAAAUGUUGCCAUCAACUACCUUAUUCUCACUCUUAUAUGUGAGCUGCACUCUGUCUUCCUUCAUGUGAGGAAAUUGAGGAGGAUGGCUGGAAUUCGGGACUCCAGCUCGACAAUGGUGAAACUGGAAUGGGCGCUCAACUGGACAACCUUUGUAUUGGCGAGGUCGAUUCCUCAUGUUCUCAUCACCAUCAAGCUGAUCCGAGACGCCUCCAAGUUCGGGAAGGGCAUAGAAUGGCCGCUUGCGCUGUUCGGGAUGGUGGGAAUGCACUUUCUCAACAUGGGUCUUGGCAUUGAUCUGUUCCAUGCUUUCAGGAGAGAGAGAAAUCAACAGAGCAACCAUCACAGUCAUGGAGAAUAGUAAUAAUAAUAAUAAUAAUAAUAGCCAGCCAAAGCCAUUUGCUUCCAUGUUUCUUUGUGAUUCUCUUUGAAUGGUUAUGUUUUGAACACCUUGUCAGAUUUGUACAAGAAUUAGUUGAUGUUUUAACACAUGUAAGCGUAUACACAAGUUUAUCAAUCACAUGUUUUAGAA